AUGGCCUUGAGGAUCUCCUCAAGGGAUGAUAUCUACAAUGGGGGAGGGGUCGGGGGCUUGAAGGGAAGUAUUCAUUGCUGUUUGACAAUUGAAGACUUGUCAUGGAAAACAGAAUUACUACCUUCAGCAAAGAGUGUAACACUAAAAUUGGACAACUUCCCUGCCACAACACAUUUCGUAAUUUAUCAGCCUCAAACAAACGACACUGAAUUUUCAGUGGAAUGUGAAUUUUUAAAGGAAGAGUUGAAAACCGACCAAUUGCCUGUUACGCAUGCCCUUUCAUUUGGUUUUUCAUCAAAUCACAUAAAGAUUAAUUCUUCUGGAUUGCUUCAUAUUUUACAACUUCAGGGAUUCAGCAAGAUCUAUCAAGCAUUUGACAUCUUGAUUGAGAAGAACUGUAAGGAAUCCAUAGAAAAGACACCUAACAUGUUUAGAUUGCAUGUACCAUGGUCACAUGAAGAUGUACUUAGGACACCCAGCAAUUAUGCACUUCUACAUCUAUCUGCUAAGCUUCAUGAGCCACAACCACAGAAUGAUAGUAGGAUGGUAACCUUAAUGCUCUACACAUCUCAAGAUUGCCAAUAUGAGGUAACAAUUUAUACUUCCUUUUUGCAAAUGAUAGGGCAGAUGAUCAGAUUCCAUGGGGCAACACUUCCUGUCUAUAUUGUAUCCAACCUAUUACUUGCAUACGGAGCACAGUUGUAUUCGCUAUCCAGCAAAGGGCACUGCUUGGAAUUUGAUGCAUCAUUGGAUAUGGCUGCCAAGCCCUACAAAGUUGAUCCCAUUGUAAAUAUUUGCAGAUUUCUUUUAGGGUAUGACUGGUUUAAAAAUACCUGGAAUAACUUAUUUUUGCCACAGUUGGACUCCUCUGAGCUACAUUCUCUGGGAUUGUUAUUUCCGGUGGCAUCUCUUUUUCUCUUCAUGUUUGGUACUGGAGUAGCGUACUGGUGUGGGUUUUUUUUUGAGGCCAUGAUUCGAAGGUUGGCAGUAAUAUGGAUAACUGUUAAAAGAAAUACAGAUGUUCCACAUGAAAGCAGCAGUUUUACAAAGAGAGUUCUUAUAGAGGGAUCACUAUUCUCUAUUGUUUGUUGGAGGACUUGUGGAGCAUUGAGUAUUUUGCUUGUAUUUAUUCGCUACUUUAUCAAGGUUGUGAAGAUGCAGUGUGAUCUUUGUAGACACCCUCUGCCAGACAACGGAGUUUCAAGGCAGACAGCCAACAGUAACCAUCUUUCAAGUGAAAGUUCUGGCACUACAACAGGUGUAGGCGAUUCUGUCCCUACUUCCCAGGAGGAGACUUCAAAUGCUGCACAAUUUGAUUCAGACUUCAUGACGGUUCAAGACAACUUCAAGAUUCAUAUUACAAUCAUGAACUUACUUUUGUGGCUAACCAUGCUAGUUUUACCAUCCUUUAUCUACUGGGCAAAAAAUCUCAGGUAUAACAUCCAGUUGGACCCUGAUCCUAUUCGAUUACUGGCUAUCCCGCUUGUCUGUGCAGUGAUCAUUCUGAUGAACUCCAGUGUAGUGUCAAUGAAAUCCAGUAAGCUCUUGAAGACUGCAGCUCGACUCCAGCUUCCCUUUUCUAUUUUAAUUGUGGCCUUUGGAACUCUACAUUUGUACAGAGUAUCCUAUUUUAUUGUGUUCUCUUUAUUCAUACAUGCAUUCACUUGCUUUGUUUAAAAGAUAACAUAUUAUAGAAAACAAAUGUAUGCAGUCUUGCAGCCAUUUUGUAAACUUGAUGGACUCAGUGCUAAAGUAGUUAAUACCAAAAAAAAUGAAAUACAGUUGACAAAUCUUGUUUAGUUUACAUACAUGAAAUUGUUUACAACAAAGCAAUAUUUUUUUACUUGAAACUGAACAUACGACGACUAUUUUGUACCAUCAGUCAGUGUUAAGUAUGAAAGGAUGU